AUGCCUCUUGAUAACAGGCAACAGAAAUGGUUGCCAUUGGGCUUGAAUCCUCCUCAGGAGAUAGCUACCGGGUCUUCCUGUCCUGGAAAUCCUCUCAGUAAAGUAUAUGCAGCUGAGCAUCAGUUUCGCUAUCUGCAAACACCACCGUUCCAGGCCUUACUGUCCAGUUAUGGAAAACAAGAUUCAUGUUUGAAUGGGUGGUCUAACUGUGAUGCUGCUCCAGAGAGGGUUCUCAAGUCUUCUCAGAAAAGAUUUCUUGUUUUCGAUCAGUCAGAAAACCAGACUCGCUUGUUGCAGUGUGGCUUUCCACUGAGUGUUCCUUCCUCUGUGGCUGCAGAUCCAGGGAAAAUUCUCAAUUUCCUAAACCUAGAGAAAGGGUUAACUAAAGAUCAUGCCGUUCCAGAAAAGACAUUGCUCCAUGAAGAUCAUGUUAAUGGAGGAGAAGAGUCAGAGAUGCACGAAGACACUGAGGAGAUCAACGCACUGCUGUAUUCUGAUGAUGAUGAAGACAAUGAUGACUGCGAGAGUGAUGAUGAUGAUGAAGUAAUGAGCACAGGUCACUCUCCAUUCACAGUUGAACAACAACAAGCGUGCAAUAAUAAAACAGAAGAAGAACUGGUUGGAACCGAAAGCUGUGGUGAUGAUGGUCCACGUCUUAAAAGGCAGAAAGUACUGGACCAUUCAUACAUAGACCUAUCACCAUCAUCCUUUGUGGGUACCACUAAUCUCAAAGGAUUAUUAUCAGAUGAGAAACUUCAAGAAUCCAACAUCUCAAGCAGCAAUCAAGACAUGGGUUCUGGUCUAAGCGACGAGGAGUCAAGAAAAGACAAGAUCCACACCGCUCUGAGAAUCCUUGAGAGUGUAGUUCCUGGAGCAAAAGGAAAAGAAGCUCUGUUACUACUAGACGAAGCCAUUGAUUACCUCAAGUUGCUGAAGCGAAACUUAACCUCUCCAAAAGGUUUAAACAACCAUUGGUGA